AUGUCGGCCGAGGCGUCUCCGCCCCCAUCCUCUGUGGUCGAGGAGCAGUCAGCUGCGACGGAUGGGGAUAUGCGUCCAGGGAUUGAGAUCGAGGGGAAGGAGGCCGAUCAUCAGCUUCAGUCUGCGGCCGACGCUGCUGGAAUUACGCUCAACAAUGUCGUCCUUCGUUCCGGCAUCCGAUCCGUCGGGUUUUCCCGCACAGCCGCAUAUCGAAUGACGGCACUGCACGUGGCUGCGGCAACGGGUGAGGCAGAGAGAUUGUUCAAUGCCUAUGCACAAAACGGCGGCUUCUCUGCCCACACUUGUAAUUACCAAGAUGCAGCUGGCCGCACGCCUCUACAUUUUGCCGCUGCCACCGGCAAUCGCACCAGCGUUGAAGCCCUCCUCGAACACGGCGGUAACUCCAAUGCCCAAGAUGCUGAUGGCAAGAAUGUGGGCAUGUGGGCAGCCUUUUACGGCCACCACAAGGUGCUGGCACUUCUCCUGGCAGCAGGCCUCGAGCUGGGUCACCGUGACUUGGCCGGGCGCUCCAUCUUACAUUGGGCGGCGCUGGCCAACAGCCCCAAGGCCUUGGAUUUUCUUUGCAAGCAGUGCACAAUGCGUCAUCUUGACAUCAAUCCUGCUGACCUUGAGCAGCUCACACCGCUGCACUGGGUGUGUCAUCUGGGCUUCAACAAACACGUGGCCAUCCUGCUCAAGGCCAAGGCCGAUGUCUGCUGCUUGGACGUAGAGCAACGGAAUCCCUUGCAUUGGACUGCUUCCAACCAGGACGCCAGUGUCACCAAGCCCACGGUACGCAGUCUUUUGCUGGCCCUAAGGCUCACAAAACAUUUGAAAUGCAUUGUUGAAAGCACCGCUACUCACGCUGUUGCUCCGGCCGGAGCAGAAUCGCCUCUCUGCGUGGCCGCCUUGCUGAAGACCUCGAUCAACGUGAACAAAGUUGACAGUGAUGGACGUUCCCUACUUCAUCUGCUCGCUUACCGCAAUGAUGCGGAGACCAUCGCAGCGCUCAAGCUGGCCAAGGUCGACCCAAACGUGAUUGAUGCUGCCCAACAGACGGCUCUGAUGCUGGCUGUCGAAAACAACCACCUCGCUGCAGCACGAGAGCUUUUGGCAGCCGGCGCCAACCCUGUACUUGGUGACGCCGAGGGACGCAUUCCCCUGAGUGUUGCCGUCAUUCAAGGCUACGAGGAACUGGCGGCGCUUAUUCUGUCCCAAAUGCAGCAAGAGAACCUUUUGCUGGCCGACUCCCGCGGCGAAACGUUUCAGUUGCACGUUGGCCUCAACGUGCACGGCUCUCUCACGUUGACGUUGCUUAACGGGCGCCAUCGUGUACAGGAAAACGCUGCCAGCACCACAAUUCAACGUUUUGUUCGAGGAUUCUUGGUGCGGCGGCAGAUGGAUCGAGGGCGUGCCAGUGAUCAGGAAUCGGCCGAGCUGCAGCGAAUCAAGGCGGAGUUGAGUCGGGCGCGUGCGCAAGCUGCAGCCGCGGAACGGGCUCGCGCCUCGGAGGCCAAACAGCGGCAGGAAUUGGAGGAAGAAACGGAGCGCCUACGCUUGCAGCAACAAAAACUGGAGCAGCGACAGUUGCGGCGGCCUGGCAGGCGUCGUUCCUCCCGCAAUGCAGACAAGUCUAGCUCUGGCACGCGAUCUUCGGAACAUGAAAAAGUUCCGACCCGCAAUCCACAGGCAUCGGCGGCUCCCCUUGCCAAUGAUGAAUCAACCCACGAGACUGUUUUGCAAAACGGCGAAAGCCAAUCCCAGAUUGAGCCGGCAGGCGGAAUCGACAGCCAAUCUGCAACAAUUCCAGCGACCAGCUGCCGAUCAUCACGGCAGAGCACAGGUAACACCGGGCAUUCCUCUUCAAAAUCUCGCCACAGCACAUCAGAGGUCACACGGUUAUCAAGCAACGCGCCAAGAGCCAGCGGUGGCACCGCGCCACCGCGCGUGUCCUGGGCAUUGGAAAAGGAGGAGGACAAGCAGCCCGCCCAAGGGCGCAGCAAGACGACGAAUGCGCUCACAGAAAUGGACUGUGAAGGUGCGGUGAGCUCGGGACAGCACGAUGAUACCGACGAAGACGCGUGCUCGGGAUCGGAUUCCGAGGAUGGCGCUCUGUUGGUGUUGAAUGCCAGCGUUCAACGGGCGCGAAUCGUCAAAUCCGAACAACAGCGCGUGGCACAAGUCCGGGCAAAGGUGCAAGCUGCCAUUCGUAUCCAGCGCUUUUGGCGGCGACACCGUGGUCGAACUUGGCGCGGGCGACCUGUCUGCCGGGCUUUGCCCCCGUCUAGCCAGCUGCAGGGCCAAGGUUCUCGUCGAGGGCGCCGCUCUCAAGGCGUUCAGCGUGGAAAUGGAAGGACUCUUGGCUCACAGCGACGACGCAGCUUUCACAAAACAGCAGCCAGCUCUCGCGGUGCGGCUCUUGGACAUGUCCGACCACAACUGCGGUCAUGUGCUUCGACCUUUCCCGCGGAGAAUUCGUAUGGGCCAGAAGAACAGCGUCGUCGACUCUUGGCUGUGCUGACAAUCCAGCUAUGGUUUCGUAAGCAGUUGGCCCGUCGCCACGCCCAACGCCAACGAUCAUUGAGCGCGCAAAUUCGUGACAUGUCGUUGGUGCGCAAACAUCAAAAGUGUCGUGUCAAAGCAGUUUAUGGGGCACGGACUGAGCGCGCCAAACCGUUCUUACCCUCCCGACCCCGUUCACUGCACUCGCACCGGCUCAUGCCUACACCGGCUCCACUGGAUGUUUCGUUUUUCAGUGCGGCUCGAAGUUACUCCCAGCGGACACCUCGCCGAGGUCGACACCCCGUGCAAGGUGACCAUCCCGUGUUUCGCUCGAACAAUCACAGUCGCUCCAGCACUUCGCGCCAGGUGCACCUGCCUCUCGCCCAAGCCGCGCAAGUUUGGCGGGGCUUGGUGAUCUUCAGUACCGCUGAAUCUCAAGCGCUGCAACUCGCGGCACGUUGGGCCGAUGCCAAGCUGAAGGCGCGCCUGGAUGAGCUGGGCGUUCAAUGGCUCUCAGUUGAAGAUCUACCACAACUGCCAAACGAACUCUCGCCUCUCUUGAGCCGCGUGCGCUGGGUGGUCCAGGGGCCUUUUAACAACACGGUGGUUAUCGCUGUAGAGUCGAGUAAUCCCCUGCAUGAGCGGGCUCUGCAACCACAAGGGGACCGGGCACUCUUGCGGGCUAUGCGUGCCGUCACCGUUGACUGUGCCCCUGGCACGGCGCCCAAAAUUGCUGCCUUUUAUGCGCACUUUUUUGCCGCCAAGACGCGGCUCUACAACGAGGGCAGUGUGGCUGGGUGCAGCGUGGCUCUUGGCGCUGACCCACACGAACAGGAGCUUGUGUUUGUGGAGCGAAGCGAGCCUCUCCAGGCUUAUGAUGGUCAUCACUUUGCGCUUUAUUUGAACUCUCGAGUUGCCUUUGCGGCAGCGUUCAGCCGGCUGCAGGCUGCAGGUCUCGUGUGGGUCAAUCCGCGCUUCCAGGACUGCGUGACAACCCUUGCAGCCGCCGAAGCCGAGGGCCAGUUUCGAAUUUUGAAUCUGGUUGACCCGGCUGAGCCCUCGCACAUCCUAUUCACUUUGGAGCAUGAGGUGCGAGGUCCCCAGCACAAGGACUGUCCCCUGCAGCUCCCAGCCCCUGAGUCCACGGAACCUUGA